GAAUCUUGAAGAGGAAUUAGAUCAGAUGAAAGUACACCAGUCUGUGGAGUUACUUUUUAAGCUUAGUGAAGAUGAUGGGGUCAAGAACAGUACUCCAAAGAAGAAUGUGGAAGCCAGUUCAGAUCAGAGGUUACAGAAGGUAGAACAACUAGAAAGAAGAUGUAAAACUAUUGAAAGGGCAAUAAGGAAACAGAAAGAAGUAAACAAGGACUUGCUGAAGGAGAAAAAUGAUUUGAAAGCAUUUUUAAAAUUGGAAAGGGAAGAUGCAGACACAAGAGAAAGAGAGCUGGAAAAACUACUUAAGAGGAUUUGUGAAAUGAAAAAAGACAAUGCAGAGCUUCAAUUAGUAAUUGGUGAUCAGGAAAAAGAAGCUGCUUCUUUGAAGAGGCAAGUGGCAGAAGCUAACAGGUUGAGAAAUGAAAAUGAAGAUUUGCUGAGUCAAGUGGAGGAGCUGACGUGUUUGCUGGGUGAAGCCAAAGCAGCGGCAACCUCUGGGCAAUGUAAUUGCAAGAUAACAGGCACCAAGGUUAAAUUAAAAGCAGCCAAGAAAAAGAGCUCUUUGGGACAUCAUGGAGCUUUUCUCAAACAGUCCAUCAAGGUUAUGAGUAAUGUAUUUGAGAACUUCCGUAAGGACGGCUGGGAGGAUGUGAGUGAAAGCAGUGACUCUGAAAUACCAACUCCUGAGAGUCUGGAAGCAGUGACUAUGAAGAUAGUGCAGGAUAUUGAUCUGUUACCAGACAGAAAUAAACAUCAGGGAAAAAAGCAAAUAGAAGAUGGCAAAAAGCCCUGCAAUGCUGCUCGUUUAGAAGGCAAAAGCCAGCACUACAAGAAAAAGAGCUAUUCACAGAAAAAAGACCUAGAAAAGUUACAGUCCAAGAAGAGGAAAAUCCACUAUGUCAUAACAGCUUAUCCGUCAUUUCUAAAGAAAGUGAGCAGAAUGAAAAGCAGAAACAUCAUUUUCCAGAAACAAGGCUAUUCUGUUACUCUACUUCAGGAAACAAUUAAGUCGUUGCAGCAGCAGAUAGGUGUUUUACUGAAUGAAAAAAAUACAGCAGUAUCUUCUGUGAAGGAAUUUAAAGAAACAAAUGAAAAACUAACAACUCAGCUACGUUUGGCUGAUCAGAGACUACAAAGUAGUAAAUUGACCAUACAGCAGGUGUUGACCUCCAAUCUGGCCAAAUGGCAACAGGAAAAGGAAGAUUUACAAGGAAAAUUGAAGUUGAGAGAACAUCUGUCUCAAACUGCUGGCAAGAGUGAAGUCACACCAGCUCCUUCAAAGAACAUUGAUUUAGAGAUGAAACAGCUGCAGUGCAAACUAAAGAAUUCAAAUACUGAAAUCACUAAGCAAUCAGCGACCAUUAAGUCUCUGAAAAACGAAGUCCAGGAAAAAGAAGACCGGGUUCGGGAACUCCAGGCUAAGAUUUCUCGAUUGGAGAGGGACCUUACUAUGAAAAGACAUUUGAUAGAAGACUUAAGGUCUCGUCUAAAAGCGAACCAAGAAAAUGAGAAAGCCUGUAAGGAAACACUAGAAAGUCUUGAGAGAAAGGUAAAGUCACAGUCUGAAGACUGUUCGAACAAAAAAACUUCCAUUGACUCACUGAAACAAAGACUUAAAGUUGCUAUAAACGAGAAGUCUCAUUUUGAGCAGAUGUAUCACAAGACUAAAGAUGAGCUGGAGAAAAAGGUUCUCAAGCUGUCCAAUCUAGAGAGCAAAGUGAUUGAGACCGAAUAUGCUAUGACUGAAAUAGAGACUGCAGCAUCUCAACAACUACACGGAUUGGCUAAACAGAGUGGGCAGGCUUUGGAGGCUGUUCAAAAGAAGCUACUGCUCGCCAAUGACAAAAUAGACGAGUUCAUGACGUUUGUGAAGGAAAAUCAAGAUGGCACAAUAAGAAGAAGCAGUGCUUCUUGCUACACCAGCUCUUCCUUUGAAGUCUCAUUGGUCUCAUUUCUGCUCUCUCCUUCCAGGCUGCUGUCAAUUUUCCCCUAUCUUGAUGUCUGUUUCUCCCUCUAGUCUCAAUACCUCAAAUAAUUU